AUGAGUGAGCAGGAGGUCACUUACUCAACUUUGAGAUUUCAUAAUUCUUCAGGGUUACAGAACCAAGUGAAGACAGAUGAGACUCAAGGGCCCAGAGAAACUAGCCACAGAGGGUGUUCAGUCUCCUGGCAUCUUAUCAUGAUACCUCUUGGAAUACUCUGUUCCAUUCUCCUUGUAACUGUGGCAGUGUUGGUGACACACAUUUUUCAGUAUAGUCAAGAAAAACAUGAACUGCAGGAAGCUCUAAACAACCUCCACCAUAACUACAGCACAAUGAAAAAUGAAAGCUAUUUAAAUGAAGAAAUGCUGGGAAAUAAGUCUUUGGAGUGUGAUGCCUAUAAAAGUGUCCUGGACUCCCUCAACAGACAACAGAACACAUGCCUGCGGUUAACCAAUAUUGUUUUAGAUUGCUUACAGCACAAAGGCAGACAAGUGAAUGUACACUUGUUCUGCUGUGGCAUAAAGUGUUAUUAUUUCAUCAUGGACAAGAAACAAUGGAAGGAAUGUGAACAGGCCUGCCAGGGUUGCAAAUUAUCUCUUCUGACGAUAGAUGAUGAAGAUGAACUGAAGUUCCUUCAGCUCCAGGUUACUCCAGACAGUUACUGGAUUGGAUUGUCUUAUGAUAAUAAAAAACACGAUUCGGCAUGGAUUGACAAUAAUCCAUCUAAAUUUGCCUUGAACAUAAAGAAAUACUAUGUAAAGGAUGAAAACUUUGUGUUCUUGUCUAAAACAAGACUAGACAAUAGUAAACGUGAAAGUGUCUACCCCUGUAUUUGUGAAAAGAGACUGGAUAAAUCCUCUAAUUGCUUCUCUAACAAGAGUUAAAGGUCUUAGUCUGUUGUGCAUACAAAGAGAUGAUCUAGAAAAGGCUGAAAAUGUUUUCUGGGAUCUGAUAUAACAGAGCGAAGGCUUCUUUCUUCCUGUUAGAGACAGGACACAUCUCCUCUGGUGCAUGGACACACUUUUCCUCAAAGA